GGAUGACAAUCACUGGCAUCAACCUUCAAAUUCUUCACGUGUUACUUCAUGGGAACCAUUCUUUCAAAAUACGCUGCAGUUAGCGCACAUUUUCUUUGCAGGGCAGAAACGGACGCGGGUGCAGGUUCCAAGAAGAGCAAUGCGGCAGCUGAUGGAGAGAAGAACGUAAAACGUGGUCCAAAAGACUGCCCGAAGGCAAAAAUCAGCCUCUUGGAACGUCCGAUCAAUCGACUUCACACUUAUUACCAGUAGAGAAGGGUAUGGCUACCACUGACACUACUCUCAACAAUCCCAGAAAUCAUGGUAUAAGAUCAUGAAUCAUGAAUCCUCUGGCGCCUCACAUUCACACCCGUCCUCUGAUU